AUGUCCACGUCCAUGUCAUGUCUAUCCAUUCGAGAAAUACAGAAAGUUACAACUACCACCCACUACAGUAAAGCCACACUACACAGCAGCUCUCGAGCGAGGAAGAAGAAAAGAAAAGAAAAGAAAAAGAAGGAAAAGAUGGCAACAGCCGACCAAACCCUCUACAACAGCCGCGGCUUCCAACCCAAUUUCAUCCGCGGCAUCGUCCGCAACCCCAUGCGCGCUGUGAACAACACCUCGGCCACGCCGCACUUCAAGACGAUCCAGGAAGCCAUCGAGCACGACCACCACGUCAUCAAGGCGCACUACCAGGCCAUCGCGACCAGCAAGGACCACGACGAGCAGACGCGGUACCAGAACCAGCUGACGUGGGAGAUGGCGCGGCAUGUCGUGGGCGAGGAGCUGGUGCUUUUCCCUGCGUUUGAGAAGUAUCUGAAGGAUGGGGGGGAGUCUUCGGUGAAGAAUCGGCAGCAGCAUGAUACUGUAUUCCCCCCUCCCCCUCUCUUCGUGUGUCAGGGCUCUGUGUUAAUGGCGGGGAGUAGAUAA